AUGUGGUUCGAUGAUUUGACACCGGUCGCUUGGCCUUUAAAUGCUUGGUAUAUUAUGACAAUUAUAAGUGUUCCGGUUUAUUUGAUUGUUGUUAUUUGUUUGAUCAGAUUGAGAUUGUGCUCCAAAACCUAUAAUACUACUUUUUAUACAAUUUUAUUGCAACAUGUGAGUUUUUGAGAAAUUUACAUUUUCAAUAUUGAAUUGAAUUUGAAAAAAAUGGGGUUAUCUGAAACUUUUUUUUCACAAAAACUUCUGUAAUUUUUUUGAAAAAAGUUUCAGAAAUUCUUCCACAAACAUUUUAUCUUUCUUAUUCAUAGCUUGAGCUCAUUGAACUAUCAGUUCACAGUUCAAACUGAACUUUGAUGGUCGAAAAGCAAAAAUUUUUAUGUUAAUUAGGAAGCUUAGACAUCAUGAGUCAAAUUUCAAAAAAAUUUGAUCAUUGAACCAAUUUGGAGCAAAGACUACAAGACUCUAAACUCGAAGAGAUGUCUAGAAAUUUUUUUUGAAGUAUGUAGUUUGAACUAGAUAACUAUUUUCACGGGGGUUCUGAGAAUUUAAAAUUUGAAAAAAUCACGUUUACAUCUGAAAUACACAUUUCUAAACGACGUAAUUUUAACCAUCAUUUUUUCAUGUGAAACCCAAAACAUUUUCCAGAGCUUUGCCGAUCUUCUAACAUCACUCUUCUUCUUCUCAUCUCAAUAUCCUCGAAACAUCCAAAUCAUCCGUGAAUUCUAUUUCGAAUAUCAACAUUACUACAUAGCUCCAGCCACCUACAACUCCAUUUAUUAUUUUCUAUACGUCAGAUGCUCUGGAAUCAUGUUGCUUUCUUUUCAAAGAUAUUUGAUUAUCGCAUCACCAACUGCUAAAUUUACACAGGUAUUUCGAAUUCAGGUUGCUCAUUCAUUAGACUGGAAUUAAUUUGCAGAUUGUGCAAGAGGCUAAAAAUUGGAAAAUAGUUGUUGUAUAUUGGACGAUUCCCACGUUGAUUAGUUUGAUUGUUUUGAAAGAUGUCGAUAUUACUUUUGAUAAUUUGGAAAAUAUGUCAAUUGUGGUGGAUAAAAGUAUUAUUGCGGUAAGAAUUUUGCCCUUGGGAGUUUUCGGGAGCUUUAGGAAACUCACAGAAGCUUUCAGUAAUUUUAGACAAUUUCGCAGCUCUCAUCUAAUUUUGUGAUUUAUUUUUGAAAAAAAGGAAGUUUGUGUGAGUUCGAUCAAGCGGAAAGAUUUGAAAGUUAUCUCUAUUUCUAGAAAAUUCUUGUUGAAAAAUAAUUUUAACAUCAAAAAAUCACGUAAACCAUGAAUCCCCACUUGAUUUAAAUUCCAAAAUUAAUUCCAGAAAUAUUUUAGCGAAAUACCCUGAUGGCUCUAAUCGUCACAAGUGUCACUUGUAUUUUCUGCACUACCGUAUACCUUCUACUAUUCUAUUAUAUCCGAACUCAUACCGCGAAUUUGAUCAGCAAAAGUUUGCGACGAGAAAUGCAUUUGGCUGUUCAGGUGUUCAUUCUUCUCAUCGGACUUUUCGGGAUUUUUUUGUAUUAUUCUUUUCAGAAUUAUUUUUCGAAACAUAGUAAUGUGAGUUAAACCUGAGGCUUCUGAUUGUGAAAAUCAGAAUUAAUUCCAGGCCGGUCCAAUUUAUUUCAUGCGAUCUCUCUACCCACUUCCAAACGGCAUUCUAUCCUACCUGAAUCCAUUUUGUAUCCUAUUUUUGAAUCGCGAUUUAGCUCGUCAAGUUUGGCGAUCAGCGAGAUGUGCGAAGUUAUUGGUGAGCGAUGUUCGAGCUUCAACUUUACAAUCCACAUCGAAUCGACCAGCUGUGAAAAUUACGAAAGUUCGAGCAAUUGCCUAA